AUGGCGACCUCACCCAGAAUCCCGCCUGAACUCCCAAACAUCAUGAAAGAUCUCACCAAAGAGAUUCUCCGGGAAAAUCCCGCGAAUAUUUACGAAUUUGCAGCGCGUUAUUUCGAAUCGUUGAUCCGAAAACGUGACGGACAUUUGAAUAAAAAUUACGAAAGAUUUUCGUGUCCGCCGCCCGCAAUCACGUCAAAAAGUCUCGAAUUGCGUGACGACCGGAAAACUCGCUCGAGUUUGCGACGCGGCAGAAGUCAGGAAAUUCGCAGGUCAAAGAUGAAAGUUCAAACGUUCGAGCCGAGUUCAUCGAUUUCGACGGGCAAGAAAAAAAUCGAUGGACGAAAGUUGUCAGGCAACGACCUUGCGACGACGUCAACAAGCAGCAAAGCGAAGUAUAACGAGGCACGACCUACCGCACAGAGCAUCGGUAGUGGAAAGGGGCCACGCAAAAUAAGUGAAGCCACGACAUUCGACCAACUUGACGAAGAAUCGGGCGAAAAUGAUGGAAGAUGGUUACUAAAUAUGGCGGCAAUUAAAAUUCAGCGAUAUGUGAAGAGAUUCCUGGAACGGAAGCGAAUGCGUGACGAUUCUCAUCAACUAAAAGUCUCGGAUUCAGGAUUUUUGGAUGAAAAUGCGAUGAAAACUGCUCAAAAAAUGGUUAAAAAUGAAAAUUCUGACGUUGUUCAGCUUCCAAGGAACGAUUCAACAGCAAAAGAUGACUCCUUGUUGACCGUUACUUCAUCCAGCAUGCAUGUCCUAACAGCGGCAUUGACACUUCAAAGGGUCGCUCGCGGAUAUUUGGCACGAAAAAAGUACCGAAAGACCUUGGAAAGUAAAUUAACAGAAAAGCAAGCCGUUGUUCUGCAAGAAGAUGAGAAAUUUGAGGAAGUUGUCGAGUAUAAUGAGAGUUUUGAGUUCACGGAAGAGCUUCAAAAUGCAGCAGUGGCUAUUCAAAAGGUGUAUCGAGGGUUCCAUGUGAGGAAGGAAUUGAGAGAAAAGUUCAGUAGUGCAGCGGAGAAGAUAAUGACGGAGAAAAGUGACAAAAGUGAUGAUGACAAAGGGAAUAUUGCGACGAUGAAUGAAGCGGCGGAGAAGAUUCAAGCACUUUUUAAGGGACAUAAAGUGAGAAAAGAGCUCGCUGAAAAGGGAAAUGAUGAUACAGAAGCGAAUUUGGAAGGAAAUGAGGCAAAAAAUGUGGAAAAGACGCAAGAAAUUGAUGAAAAAGAUACAAAAGUUAAAGAAAAUGACUUAAAAACGGAUGAAAAUAGCAAAAAUGGUGAUGAUAAAGCAGAAAAUGAGAAGAGUUUGACGUCAAAUGAUGAUAUUGAACAAACUGAGACAAAAACUGAAGAACCUGAAAAGACAGAAAAUGCGAUUGAAACUGAAAAUGGUCAAAAUAACGAAGAAAAAUCGAAGCCAGAGCAACUAAUUGAGGCUAAAAAUGAUGAAAACGACUCAAAAUCCGAAGUUUUGGAGGAUUCCUCAAAGGAAAAAGACAAAAAUGACGAUGAAAAUCUCAUUUCAGAUGAUGUUCAAUUAGCAGCAGUUACAAUUCAGAAAAAUUACAAAGGUUACAAGACACGCAAGGACUUGAAAGGCAAAGAAAAUGACGAAACAGAAGAUAAAACUAACGAAGAAAAUGAAAAUUCGGACUUGCCUGAACAGAAUAUUGAAGCAGAGGCAGCUGCAAUUUCGAUUCAAAAGCAUUACAAGGGAUACAAAACUAGAAAAGACUUGAAUUUACUUCAAAAUGAUGAAAAAGAAGAAUCUGUUGGAGAAGCAAAGGACAAUUCGGAUGAAAAAUCUUUGGAAAAAGAUGAAAACUUGAACAAAAAUGGAGAUUCUGAAGAUCUUGAGAGCACAAAAGAGAUCAAAGAUGGUGUCGUUGAUGAAAAAAUAAAUGAAAAAGUUGAGAAAUCUGAUGAAAAAGUUGAAAAAAGUGAUGAAAAAGUUCAGAAAACUGAUGAAAAAGAUAAAAUCGAAUCAGAAAAAAUUGAAAAAGAUGUCAAAACUUCGACAAAUGAUGAAAAAACUAAAAAUUCUGAACAAAUUUCUCCAGACGAAACGAAGGAUGAACUUCAAAAACCCCGAAAUGACGCCGAAAAUACUGAAAACCGUUCCAAUGACACUCCUGAAGAAACUCCGGAACCCCCAACUGCCCCAUGUACCCCUCAAAUCGAAAAUUCAGAACCCACAAAAGAACCUGAAACCUCUACUCAGCCAGAAGAAGAAGAAAUUGACAUUGACUUAAACGAUCCCGAAGUACAAGCAGCUGCCCAAAAAAUCCAAGCAAGCUUCCGAGGCAGAAGUUUACGCCCGAAAUCCAAAUCCGCAACUCCAAAAGAGGACGACGAACCUCCAACAGAUGAAACUAAAGAGAAAACUGAAGAAAAAGUUGAAGAAACUCCCAAAGAAGACCAAAAACCUGACGAAUCUGAACUUGAAAUCGCUGCUUCAAAGAUCCAAGCUGGCUUUAGAGGACAUAAAACGCGUGAGGAAUUGAAACAAAGAAAAAUUGAAGACAAAAACCCUGAAGAAAUUGGACAAAAUAAGACUUUGUCAAAAGGUUCAACGUUCGAUUCUGAGAACAUUGACGCCCAAAAUGCUGCUGUAAUGAUCCAAAAGAACUUUAAAGGCUACAAAACGCGAAAAGAACUGAAAAAUCGUAAAGAAUCUUCAGAUACAUCUUCAAAAUCUGAACCUGAACUCGUCGUUCAACACGCAGAAAAUCAACAAGUCUCAUUUGACUUUGAAAAUCCGACAAAGGAACAAAUUUCCGCUGCGAUGAGGAUUCAACGAGUCUAUCGAAAGCACCGAAUCGAGCAACAACUUCGCGAAUUAAAGACUCAACUGAGAACUGUGUCAGUUUUGGACCUUUCUGACCCUCAGGUGGUUCAACAAAUGACUUCUGCUGCCAUGAGUAUCCAAAGAUUCUUCCGUUUUCACAAGAAAAAGAAGAGUUCCGAGGCGAAUGACGAUGAAAAAGCACCAAAAACUGCAGAAGAGAAGAUUCAUCAUCAAGACAGCGACACUCAUGUGAGUGAAACAUUAAUCGCGGCACUUGAAACUGACCCGCAUCACUCGAAUAAAAGCACUUUUGAUGAUUCCGAUGAAAAAGUCAUCGAACUGAAUGUGCAUCAAGAUGCGGAAAAAGUUAAUUUUAGCAGCACUCCGAGAAAUGACAGCAUUGACGAAGGCGUGGAUGAACCAGAAUUCGAAGUAAAAGUCGUAAAUGUGCAAGAAACAGCGGUUGAUGAUGAAAAUUCAACUAAAAAUGACGAAAAAUCUGAUUUUGAGAAAGAAAAUCUCUUGGAUUCGAGUUCAGAUAUUUUUCUCAACCAAUCAGACGAACAAAAAGAUCAAAAUAAAACCGACGAGAUGAAACUCAAGUCAACAAAUGUUGAAUUAGUUCCUUCAGUAAAUGACGAGGACGAGAUGUCAAUUGAUUCGUUAACCACAGAUAGUCGAAUUGAUCAUCAAAAUGAGCCGUUGCAAGAUAGUUUGGACUCGAUUGCAUCAAAAGUUUCCGUUACUGAGGUGUCGGAUGAGAAAAAAUCGAUGAAAAUUGAUGAAAAUCAGGAAGAAGUUGAUGAACCAGAAUUCAUACAGAAGAAAGUUGAAGUCAAGGAACCGAUUUGUGUGCAAAAGAAAAUGUAUAAAUGUCCUGAAACGCAAGAAAAUGAAGAGAAAUCAAAGGAAGAAGCAACAAUUUUGGAGAAAAAUGACGAUUCCGAAGUCGAAAAAGAAGUUUUUGAAGCUAAAGUUGACCCUAAUGAGCAAAUUCUUGAAAAAAGUGUUGAUGAAACUGAUAAAAGUGAGUCUAAGAUGCAAGAAAAAGUUCAAAAAGAUCAAUUAAAGGUCGAAGAAGAGUCAGUUAGAGAUAAAAAUGAUGAGUCAGAAACUCUUGAAGUUGAAAAAAGUCAAAUUGACUCCACAGAAAAUGAAAAUCCUGAUAUAUUAAAAGACGAAAAUGAUAAAAAUGAACCUCUUGAAGAGGAAAAAUCUGAAAAAAGUAACAAAUCUACUGAUUUAAAGGUUGAAAAUAUUAAAACAGAAGCUUCUGAAGUUGAAAAAUCUACAAAAAUUGAUUCCGAAUCACAAAAAAGUGAAAAAUCUGAAGAUUCAAAGAAUGAAAAUAUUGAAAAAGAAGUUCCUGAGGUAAAAGAUUCAACAAAAGUUGAAGAAGACUCGGCUAAAAAUGAAAAUUUUAACAGUUCAGAGGCUCAAAAUAUGGAAAAACAAAAUUCUGAAGACAAAAAUUCAUCAAAAACUGAAGUGAAAUCUGCAGAAGGUGAUAAAUUAACUACUCAAAAAAUUGAUUCUGAACCAUCAACUAUUGACAAAAACGUCAAAAAAGAUCCUGAAAAUGAAGAAACUCAACCAAAAACUACUGAAAUCAACGAAAAAGAACUUACAGAGAUCAAUUUUCCCGAAGUCCCAACUGACGAACCUGGAAAAGAACCCAAUGAACCAAAAGAAAUUAAACCCGAAGCUGUUGAAAAUCCAAUUAAAACAAAAGAAGUAACAACCCUUACUCAACCAAGCCCCAAAAUUGACGAUUCAGAAGUCGCUAAAGUCCUCAUGGACCCCGCCAUCAUCGAAAAUGACUCAACUUUGGAGACAAUCGACAUCAAAACCGAAAAUAACGAAAAAACUGACGAAAAACCAAAAGACGAGGAAGAAAUCGACAUCGACUUGAACGAUCCUGAAGUACAAGAAGCAGCAAAAAAGAUUCAAGCAAGCUUCAAAGGACGAUUUGCAAACAAAAAAUCAUCAACUAAAAAAACUGACGACGAAGAAAAUGACCCAAAAGCCACAGAAAUUGAUGAAAAACAAGCAGAAACUGUGACAGAAGUUAAAAACGACGAAACUCAACAAGAGAAAAAACCAUUCAACUCAAAAAUUCCUAUCAGCACGAGAGGCGGCAAAUCCAAAACUAUGUCACAAGACUCAUUUUCAACCGAAAACGAGAAGAAAUCCGGAAAACUUAAAAAAUCAAGUUCAAGUGCUGAUGCUAAAAAGGGUUCUGGCAGUCAAAAUCUCGAAUCACAAAAAAAUGAAACCAAUUUUGAACCUGAAACUUCCCUUCAAGACGAUUACGAGUCCCUUCCACGCGUCAAAACCCCCGAAAUCGAGGACGAAGUCUCAGAAAUUGUCAGUUUCGACACUUCCACUCACGACAAAAGCCUCUUAGAGGAAGAAUAUUACAGCUUAAAAAAGAAAGAACUCCAACUAGACUCUCGUGUUAGUUCAACAGGCAGUUACAGCUCCGGCGUGAAUCCAAAAUCAACUACAACCACCAAUUCCAGUUCCUCCAAAGAAGGUUCCUCAUCCAGCACGGAAAACGACAACGUUCCCAAUGCCUCGUUCACGACUCGUCGAACCACAACGAUGGACAGCGACGAAAUCGUUUGGGGCAAAAUCGCCGAUUCAGAUUCUUCCGCUCCAAGUACUGCAACUGAUCGGACUGUCAUUCACUUGCCGGAAAGUUUAACGCCGGAAACUGAAACAAAAGAAGCUGAAAUUCAAGUUUUGGAGGAAUAUAAGGAGUUGGCACGUCCUACAACGUCUCGCGGGAUGCUAAGUAAGGAAUUUAACAAGACUUUCAGCACCGAAAGUGACGAUGUUGUCGUUGGAACGAUCGUUGAAGAGCCCGAAGAGGAGCGAAAACUGAACGAAACUUUCGUAAUUCAUAAAUCGAGUGACGGAUCGGAGCUGAAUAAGACAUUUAUCAUCGAAAAACGACUCGAUACGGGCGCAAAGACGUCAGAUAGUGACGUUGUGGUGCUCGGGCAUAUCAACAAAAAUGGCGAUCAACUCAAAAAACCGCCAGUUGAAGGUGAGAAGAAGAGUUUUAACGAUGAUGAAAUGCUUGAUGAGUUAAAAGCACUUGAAACAACCCCCAGAAGACGUCGCUUGUACACGUCAAUGUCUGUAGUUCAGCCGCCAGAUGACUCUGACUCGUUCAAUCCCUUCCAUCAUGCCUCGAUUUAUCAACAGCAGUAUCUCGACAAGAUCCACGGACAGAGUAUGAGUGAUACGAAUGACACGGCAUACGGCAGUGAUCGCGAUGUUGAAGACGAAGAUCAGUUUGAUGACUUUUACCCGGGAAAUAUUCGACAAAAAAUGAUGGCAUCCAGUUUUUCCAUCGCCGAUUCCGAUUAUUUUGACCCCAAUAAAGCUGUUGAGUCGAUUGAGGAUCGAAUUAUAACCGCAUUGGAAACCAUCACAUCGACAGAUAGUGAAUCGACAACCGCUUCGGCGAGCACAAAAGUCGCCAAUAACAACGCCCGACGAAUUUUGAACGAAUAUUCCAUCGGAAAUGCCGCCAUUACGGAAUCUUUGGAUGAAUUCGUUGAACAACACGGAAAUAUUUCAGACGACAUCGAGGACGAAAGUCGAGAUCGCAUCGCAAAUCUCCAAAAUAAACUUUCACGUAACACAAAAGGACGUUUUAAGCGAAAUGCUUUGACCGAAGAUCAUCAAAUGAGCCUCGAUGAAGAAGCGGAAUACGAGGCGACGCAAGUUAUUCAAAUUAAUGUCGAGCGAAAAUCAUCAGAGUCGCCGGAAAAGUCGUCGGAAAGUAGUGCUUCGGAGGAAAGUCGUGGUGCGGCAUUUAGAAAUAAGAAAAUGUCGUAUUAUAGUUUGAAUGUUGAUAAGUACGAUACUGCAGCGAGACGUUCGUUGUUGCAAAGAGAAAAUGCGUUUCAAAAAACAUCCACUCCGGAGGAAGAUUUGUCAGCGAAAUCGGUUUCUACAGGCUCGAAUGGGAAGAAAAAGGAGCAAAAUUUGGAUGAGGAAGAUGAAAAAGAGAAAACUGACGUUGAGGAUGUUGAAGAAGAUGAAACUGUGGAUGAGGUUCAAACGGCGAUUAAUGUUAAAGAAGGGAAUGAUGAGAAAAAUGAGGAAAAAAGGAAGAAAAUCGUAAUCCAACCAAUCCCAAAAUUCCAAGGAGACAACAAAAAAUCAUCAGACAGCAAACCAAGCAGCCCCGAAUCCGACGACGUUCGUUUCCCCUUGCUGUCAAUCAUGCGACAACGAACUUUGCCUGUCCAAAUCGACACAAGCAUCAUGCGAAUUUUACCAAAGCACGUUGUCAAGCGCAUCAAAAGUGCAAACAACCCAACCAAUGGUUCACCAAAGCCCAAACACGGCAAGAAAUAG